AUGCUUCUUCCAAUAGUGUUCAUUUUCCUCUCCACUGCUGCCAUUCCCAGCUCUGCCCAUCCCGCUGGUGCUAGUGUCGACCUUCUUGACAAGCGAACCCUCGGCACUGUAGGUCGAAAUGUCAACCUUUUUCAAAACGUCACCCAAGUAUGCGGCACUCGUGGCCCCAGCGAUGAGCUCCGCCAAGCACACGCCGAUUUCCUCGAGCAGUCCCGACACGGCAACCAGGAACGACAGGCAAGCUCGCCGAUCGUGGUACAAACAUACAUACACUUCGUCUCCACAAUCGACCAAAUGGACCACUACCCACCCAGCGUGCGGACCGCCAUGGUUUCCAGCCAGGUCUCCAUCCUCACCAGCCUCUACCGCCCCGCCGGCAUCGCCUUCAAACUCAUCUCGACGACCUGGACCGUCAACGACGCCUGGGCCACGGACGCCUCCUCGACCCCGAUGAAGCGCUCCCUCCGCCGCGGCAGCUACGAGGCCCUGAACCUCUACUUCCAGACCAACCUCUCGGCCGCCCCCUACGCCUACACGGCCGCCUCCACCCUGCUCGGCUACUGCACCCUGCCGACCACCAUCACGUACCCGGGCCCGGCCGGGCUGGCGCUCGAGUACCCGACCCUGGACUACGCCACCGACGGGUGCAACGUGCUCGCGGGCAGCAUGCCCAAGGCCCCGGUCCCGGCCUUCGGGUACAAUUUGGGGAAGACGGCCGUGCAUGAGGUGGGGCAUUGGUUCGGCUUGUUGCAUACUUUUCAGGACAACACGUGCGCGACCGGCGACCCGGGCGAUUACUGCGACGACACGCCGCAGGAGAGCCAGAGCACGACGGGCUGUCCCACGGGCAAGGACAGCUGUCCCGGCUCGCCGGGUCUGGACCCGGUCAGCAACUACAUGGAUUACUCGACCGACGCGUGCUACAGUCGGUUUUCGCCGGAUCAGUUGGCGCGGAUGAAGAAUAUGUUCGGUCUGUUCCGGUUGGGGUUUUGA